GCGAUUUCGCAAUAGUUCUCAAGCGGCACCCGAUGAACUAGCUAAACAAUAACAGACCUGGGCGACAUACACACUUUUAUUGUCAACAAGGGAUCUGGAUUUUCGUGUACCUUGGCCAUUCGAUGGACCAUUGAGUCGGCAGUAACAUUGUGAAGGUAGCGUGUGUGUGUGUGUCCAGUAGUGGUGUAUUCUCACCUGAAGACAUCGUACCCGUCUGACGCGUUCUGCAGUUCACAUCUCACCCACCAGAGGGAGAGAGAGAGAGAGCAAGCGGUGCUGUGCCGGGAUUGGCUGGAGAGCGGUCACAAUAGCAUGCCGUCGCAGCAGAAGCAGCCAAUGACGGACCAGAACGGAGUCAGCGUCAUCCAGAGCCAGACGCUCUCUAGCGCCACCAUGCAGCCCGGAGCAGGACUGCAACAGGUGCCUCAGCUUGUGCCGGUUAGUAGUGGGGGCGGUGGCAAGGCUGCCCCCCCUAGUGGCCGGCUGAAGAAGAACAGCGGAGGAGGAGGAGGAGGAGGAGGGGGCGGAGGGUCGAUGGACAAAGGUGUGUGUGAGAGUGAUGAGUAUCGCCAGAGGAGGGAGAGGAACAACUUGGCGGUGAAGAAGAGUCGCAUGCGGAGCAAGCAGAAAGCAGCCGACACACAGCAGAGAGUCAACGAGCUCAAGGAGGAGAAUGAACGCUUGGAGGCGAAGAUCAAGCUCCUGAGUAAGGAACUGAGCGUGCUCAAAGAUCUCUUCCUGGAACACGCCCACAACCUGGCCGACGCCCCGCCCCCUCACGGAGCCCCGCCCACCGGGCCUGUUGCCGUGGAGACCUGCGUGCAGCCCUCGCACAACAACAACAACAAUAACAACAACAUCAAGGGCAGCGGGGCCGGGCCCUGAGCUCACACACACAC